AUGGGAGACGUCGCCGUCGUCCUCACUGCUAACUUCUUUAUUAUGACAAUUAUCACCACCCUCACGGCGGCGGCGGCACCGCUGUCCUUCAACUUCACGGACCAAAUCUGCAGCGACGCCGCGGUGAAGCUGUACGGGUACGCUUCCUGCGCGGGCUCCGCCGUCCAGCUCACCCCGUUCGCUUACUGGGCCACGGGGCAGGCCCGGCACCCAAAGCCCAUGCACCUGUGGGACAGAUCCACGGGCCAGCUCGCCAACUUCACGACGGAGUUCACCUUCGCCAUCGACAACGACAACGGCAGCUGGACCUGCGACGGGCUCGCGUUCUUCCUCGCCCCGCACGAUUACGUCACACCGGCCCACGCCUCGUACGGCCGGCUCGGGCUGGUCCACAAGAACUUCACGUACAAUUCCACGGCGGCGGGGCCGAGCGGGGCGUUCGUGGCCGUGGAGUUCGACACGUACGACGACGCGUGGGACACGUCUCACGGAGGCCUGAACCACGUGGGGAUCGACGUGGACUCGAUGCAGUCGGUGGCGAGCAAGCGGUGGCGGAGCUACGUGGACGGGAGGACAACCACGUGGGUCCGGGUGUCUUACGUGGCGAAGAAGCUGUGCGUGGUGUACAACACCACCGUGGAGGAGGAGGAGGAGGCUGUGAUGGACAGUCUCUGCUACGGAGUGGACCUGAGGGAUUACUUGACGGAAUGGGUGGUCGUCGGCUUCUCUGCCUCCACGGCGUUCAGGUAUCUAGUGGUGGCGAAGGGAGGUAGCGCUACUUUUGCAUGGUGGAUUGUACCGGGUCGGGUUUUCUCCAGUCGACUAUAUGUUGUUGCGAUGAAAAACAAAGAGAAAGAAAAAGAAAACGGUUGGAAGGAGGAGGAGGAGGAGGAGUUGUCCGGAAUCCCUCUGCUGAGACGGCGUCUUGACAGAAGCAAACAUUCGAUCGACGAGGGAGCGAAGUCCGUUCCACUAGCGGAACUGAAGCGAGCGACCAAAGAUUUCAGCGAGUUAAUCGGGAGAGGCGGAUUCGGGAUGGUGUACAAGGGACAGCUGUCGAGCGGCCAGCUGAUAGCAGCGAAGAAGGUACCGCUGGACGGGGCUGCGAUAGAAGGUUUCAUGGCGGAGCUGGUGAUCAUCACACAGUUGAGACACAAGAAUUUGGUGAGGCUGUUGGGAUGGUCGAAUGACUUGGAGGCAUCGUGCUACUACCUCAUCUACGAGUACAUGGAGAACCGGAGCUUGGACCUGCAUCUCUACGGCGACGGUAACGGGCAGUUUACUAUGAGCACGGUGACGCUGGACUGGGAGAAACGGUACCACAUCGCCAAGGGACUCGCUAAUGCACUGAGCUAUCUGCAAGCAGGAGGCAACGGGAACAGCGUGCUCCACGGGGAUGUGAAGAGCAGCAACGUGCUUUUGGACUCCGAGUUCAAUGCCAAACUGGGCGAUUUCGGGCUGGCUCGGGUGGUGGACCAGGACGUGCGGUCGCACGCGGAGCACGGCGGAACGCCUGCGUACAUGGCACCCGAGCGCGUGGACUAUCGACGGUCGGCGCUGGAGUCGGACACUUACAGCUUCGGGGUGGUGGCGCUGGAGGUGGCGAGCGGGAGGAGGGCGGUGGUGAUGGAGAAGCACAUCGUGAGGUGGGUUUGGGAGAUCUACGGGAGGGGGAAUGUGUUCGAGGCAGUGGAUCCGAGACUGGAAGGGAAGUUUGAUAGAGAUGAGUUGCAGCGGUUGUUGAUGGUGGGGCUCCAUUGUGCUCACCCGAACCGCAACCGUAGGCUCCCGAUUCAGGUUGCGUUACAGAGCACGAUUUGA